UUGGCAGAAUUUCCUGUGGGCUUCUCGAGUCAGGAGGAAGACGAACGAAACGCGUUCAUCCCUCCACCUGCCAUUGGCAGAUGCCUCACCUCACCACCAUCAUCUAGAUUCUAGAUGCUGUAACUCACCGCCGUCCCGAGGAACUCAUUCUUACAAGAACUCGCGGAGCUCGUCAUUCCCAGAAAUCAGAGCAGCUCGGUUAGAUUGUAUCGCUCCUUCCCUCCUGAUUCACGGAUUCAAAUCUCCGAGUGAUCUGAGCUGAGAGCGUUAGUUGGGCAGCUGCAAUCGACCUUGAUGUAUCCUGAGACCCAAUCCGAGAACCAAUCCGAGACCCAAUCCGAUACCCAAUUCGAUACCCAAACCGAUUCCCGUAGCUAUUGUGUAGUGGAGGCUAUUACUCCCAGAGGCCCCGAAGAUUAGUUCAUCCGAGCGACAGGAGACGGGAAUUUCGAUCUUAGAGUGAUGCGCAAAUAUUUCACAAGAUGCCUUUUAGAAUGGAGCUCACUAACGCGGCUAGUUAGCAGCAGCUGAACUUCCGUCAUUCGCAAUACUAGUAGGUCACAGCAACAGCAGCAGCAGCAGAAGCAGCAGAAGCAGGAGCAGCAGCAGCAGCAGAAGCAGCAGCGGCGUGUGCCGACCGUCAGACCUUCGUAACUCCAUAUUCCAUGCACUGAUUCUUCGCCAAUUCCUGGUUACCAUGUUACAUCGGCGGCGGAGCGUCGCGGUAGUCGGGGCCCGGCAUUGGAUCCUCGUGGUGUCGUGCAUUGCGAGCUUAUGUCCAUUCGACCUGGCAGCGGCGGUGACAGAUCAGAACGAAGUGGCGGCGCUGCUGCAGCAGAAGGCGGAGUGGGGGAAUCCCCCCCAGCUGGGGUCGUGGGCGGUGGGGGGGGAUCCAUGCGCGGAUGGGUGGGUGGGGGUGGUGGAUUGCGCGAUGGACGAAUUCGAGGAGAAUAGAGUCACCGCGCUCAUGCUUCCAGAGAUGGGGCUGGAAGGCACGCUAUCGCCCGACCUUGGGAGGCUCGCCUACCUUACCUUCCUAGACCUAAUGAACAACAAGGGCAUCCGAGGGUCCCUGCCUGCUGCACUCUCCUCACUCACGAGCCUCCAAGUGCUCAGCCUGCGCAACUGCUCCCUCACCGGCCCCAUCCCACCGACCCUCGGCACCCUCUCCGCCCUGCAAGUGCUGCUGCUCGACUCCAACCGCCUGCAGGGCCGCCUAAUGGGGGAGGAGUCGCGGGGCCUGCUGAGCCUGCGGCACUUUGACGCCUCGGACAAUGCCCUGGAGGGGGCUGUCUCCGUCUUCCCUCGCCUCGACUCGCUGAAGCACCUGCUGCUUGGCUGGAACCGAUUCUCAUCACUGCCUGGAGCACUGGGUGGUCUCACUAACCUCCGAUCCCUGGUGGUGGACCACAACCGCAUCAGCAACACCCUCUCACACAGCCUCUCCUCCCUCGUCAACCUGCAAACGCUGGUGCUGGACAACAACCCCAUGGGAGGCUCCAUCCCUUCGAGCUUCUCUUCCCUCACCAACCUCGUGAGCAUCUCACUGUCGCGCUGCCAGCUGGAAAAAUCCCUGCCCAACACAAGCGCCCUCAUCAACCUUCAGAAGAUCGAUGUGAGCAACAAUAUGAUCCUGGACGACAUGCAGGAUGUCUUGGGGACUCAGCUGCAGAAUCUGCGCCAUGUUGACAUCUCCAACAACCUGUUUAUUGGCUACUUCAACACGUCCAGUCUUCAAGCCCUGGCUAUCCUAAAUGCCGACAACAACGACAUCAACUUACAACUCCCAGACCUCUCAGCGUCGGCUGCCUCCGGCGUGCUACACUACGUCUCCCUCAUAGGCAACCAUCUGGAAGACGUGGGCAGCAAGAUCCGCCAGAACACUCCCCAGUACCUCAUAGAUCUCGUUAAAGCCAACUCGUUGCGCCUCUGGGAAAACCCAUUUUGCAACCGAAUUAAGGCAAUGCCCGCCCUUGCUCCGGCAUGUGAUAGAAACAAUGUGAAUAUCCAGCCGCCAGUAUUCCUCCCCUCCCCGGGCUCCUCUCUCAAUGACAUCGUCUUUACCGCCGAUCCCUUCUGCCCCGCCCUCUCCUGCUCUGCUCCCGCUGCUGGCGGGGGUGCUGGUGGUGGUAAUUACCCCAGCUUCUGGGUGUACCGCAACGCCUCGGAGUGCGUCUGUGCGAAGGCUCUAAAAGUCUUACUUAGGCUCGUGCACUCGCCGAAUCUGUUCUUCUCGAAAGGCUUAGCUACAGACCUGCAGGGGAGGAUGGAGAUCCAGUUUGGGUGGGAGAAAGGGCAGGUGUGGGUGCGGGAGGUGCGAACCAAAAGGGAUGCCUCGCAAUUGGUGGAGAUGCUGUUUUUUCUGCCCGGCGGGCAGAAAUGGACGGCUGAGAGGGUGAAUGAGGUGGUAGUGCGGCUGGUGCUGCACGAUGUGUCAAUGGGAGUCAGCUUUGGGCCGUACCGCUUCGAACAUUUUGUGUCUCCUAUUCCUCCACCCCCACCCACCGUCCCUCCUCCCCCGCCUCUCCCCCCCUCCCACACCUCCUCCAUCCUCCUCCCCAUCCUCUUCGCCUCUAUUCUCCUCGCCAUCGCCCUCCUCCUCUUCGUCUGCUGGCGAUCCAACGGCUGGCGGAAGAAAUCCAAGGGGGGUUCCCCCUCACUCACCCUCACAACCUUGACCAUUCCCGGGGUGAUGAAAGGGGAUGCCUGGGAGAUCGCGAUCAGUCCGUCGGAUUCAAAGCAGAUCAACGGCCGGCAGACGUUCCUGGUGCACGGGGUGUGCUUCUUCCGGUAUGACGAUCUGAUUGCCGCCACCGACCAUUUCUCGCACGUGAUUGGCCACGGGUCCUUUGCUGACGUGUACCUCGGGCACCUGGAGGAGAAUCUGCUCCCGGAUUCAGGUGCCGCCGGGCAGGAGAAGGGUCAGGCGAACGGGCAGCUGAAAGGAAAUGCGAAUGGUUCUCUUGACGGUGCCGCCGCUGCCGCUGCUGCUGCUGCUGCUGCAGGUGCUGAUGCUGAAACAAAUUCUUCUGCUGCUGGUGGUGGUGAUGAUGCCGAUGACCCCACCACCACUACUCCCAAAGGCACACCCGUAGCAGUGAAGCGCGUGCGAGAAGCAGCCCUGCGGUCCGACUUCUCCCUGGCCACCUUCACCAACGAGAUCAAGAUCCUCUCCUCCAUCCGCCACCCCAACCUCGUACCCCUUUUAGGCUUCUGCAGGGAAGCGCAAGAGCUCAUGCUAGUGUACCCGUACGCGCCUAAUGGGUCGCUAUUCGACCACUUGCACGGGGGGUUGAAAGAGCAGGGGGAGCUGAAAGACUGGGGCAGGAGGGUGGAUGUGUUGGUGGGGGCGGCCAGGGGGUUGGAUUAUCUUCACGGGCAGCUGGAGGUGCCGAUUGUGCAUUCGGACGUGAAGCCGGAGAACAUUCUGAUUGCUGCGUCAGGGGAGGGGCUGCUGACGGAUUUUGGAUUCAGCGAGUUUGUGAGAGAGGCGUCGGUGCACACGCCUGCUGCUACGAUCGUCAGAGUGAAGGGAUCUGUGGGCUACGUGUGUCCCGAGUAUUCGUCCACAGGAGUGCUCAACUCCAAGUGCGAUGUGUACAGCCUUGGGAUUGUCGUGCUGGAGACGCUCACUGGGUUACCCUCUCAGAUCGAGGACGAGCACCUCGGGACCUCCACACACAUCCGAGACUUGGUGUCGGCUCUUCUAAGGAAGCAUGACAGCGACCCAUCAGCAGUGGUGGACCCUUCGGUGCCCACCAACCUCCCCAAGGUGCCAGCCUGGCGGCUGCUGCAGCUCGCCCUGCGCUGCACUGCGCCCACUGGCCGCGAUCGUCCGCACAUGGGGGAGGUGCUAUCUGAGCUGCUCUUCGUGCAGAGUGCUGUGAGGAAAUCGUGACAGCAGCUGAGAUAGACUCUUGGUAAGAGUUUCUACCACUGGCCGCGAUCGUCCUCACAUGGAGGAGGUGCCUGCCUUCAGGGCUUAAUUGCUCUUCGUUCAGAGGGCUGCGGAAAAAAAUAUAAACGUCGCAGAGAAUCCGCCUUCCUUAUCCAAAGAAGUGGAAUUAUAGGGAAGCUACCGUACCGCCGGUGGAUAUUCUUGUGGAUAUACCAUGUCUCAAUACUCCCUGUCAGACACUCGCCAUCAAUAUUGAGGUUCAGAUGCCAGGGCGGAGAGGGGCGUUAGGUAUCGGGCCUCAGAUAGGCUCUGGACGUUAGUCAGGAAGAGCCCCUGUUUGCUUAGGAUGUUUUGUGUGGUAUGUACUAUGUAGGCUGCCUGUUGGUGUAGUGUAUGCAUCUAUACAUAAUUCUUACAUUUUUUUUUGCGGAUGCUUCGCAUCUGAGGUUCAU